AAGUUGUGUUUGUACGAGGGAAAGUGCUGCAAACUCUUAAAGUCACUUUCUGAAAUCUGCCUGGGAUCAGUCAGGGGUGAGCUCGACAUGGACCCUGCGGCCAGAGCGUCCCUGGCCCUACGGCGGCUGCUGGCGAGCAGAGGACUACACUCUCUCUUCCGGAACGGAGGCCGCGCGUACAGGCUGUUUCCGGGGGGCCCGUAGUUGUUGCACCGCCGCGCCCCGCCCCUGGCGCGGCCACGUCUGCGCCGGAGCAGCCGGGCCGGGCGGUCGCCGCGGCUUCCGCAGCGCUAGGGUACCGUGCUGUUAGCUGGUUGGACGUCAAGCUGUCUGUGAAUCUUUAAACCCCACCCUGAACAUGGAAGACGCGGUGGGGCCCUUCCCGGGAACGCCGGGCUGUUGCUGAUGGCAGAGGCCAGGCUCGCCUGCAGCCCACUUGGCCCUUCGGUGUCAGCGCAACUCACGUCCUGCUGACCAUGGCGGGGACGGCGGCCCAGCAGGACGGCCUCCUGGCGGACACGCCCGGCAGUGGCCCUUCAGCCCUCCCUGAGGCCCCCCUGAAGCCCCGGGGCUCACUGGCACGGCCGGAUGUGUGGGACGAGGCCCAGUGUGCCGGCGUCGAGGGACACGGAACGUCCAGGGAGGGAGAAGGCCCGCGUGCACCUGGCCAGGGAGGCCUCUGCCAGAACGGGCCAGCACCGCAGCUCCCAGGCCCUCCCCUGUCUCUCACGCCCACCCCAAGCCCAGUGGUUCCAGAUGCCUCUCCAGGUGUGGCUGGUUUCCAUGACAACCUAAGGAAGUCUCAGGGAAGUAGUGCUGAGGGCAGUGUUAGAAAAGAAGCUUUGCAGUCUCUCAGCCUCAGUCUUCCUAUGCAAGAAACGCGACUGUGCUCCACAGAGUCUCCACCACCCCUGGAGAGGGAGGAGCUGGUCCGACUUCAGGCUCAGAAGCAGCUGGAAGAGCAGCUCAAACAGUACAGAGUGAAGCGCCAGCAGGAGAGGUCCAGUCAACCUGCAACAAAAGCAAGACUUUUUAGCACACUUGAUCCUGAGCUCAUGUUAAACCCAGAACACUUACCGAGGGCCAGUACUGUGGCUAUGACAAAGGAAUAUUCCUUCCUGCGCACCAGUGUCCCUCGUGGGCCCAAGGUGGGCAGCUUAGGGCUGUUAGCCCAUCCCAAGGAGAAAAAAAGUUCAAAAUCAAGCAAAAUUCGGUCUCUGGCUGAUUACAGAACUGAAGGUGCAGGUGCUGGGAGUUCUGGUGGAAGUGCUCCGGCCGCCGACUCUCCCAGGGGGGCCCUGAAGCAGGGUGGAAGCAGCGCGUCCGUCGUGUCUGAGAUCAGCCUGUCUCCCGAGACCGACGACCGUCUGGAGAACGCCUCGUUGACUGGGGACAGCGUGUCUGAGGCCGAUGGCAAUGAGAGUGACAGCUCAUCGCACAGCAGUCUGUCCACCCGCGGGACCUGUGGCGUCCUAGUGAACACAGCGGGCACACCGGAAACUUCCUAUGUGGUCGACGGCCAGGAGGCGGCUGCGGACGCUCUGGGCCAGUUCCCUUCCAUCAAGGACGUGCUCCUGGCCGCAGCGGCUGAGCACCAAGGCCAAGGGCAGGAGAUGAACGGGGAGGUGCACAGCCGGAGAAACAGCGUCUGCAGCAGUGUGUCCAUGGAGAGCUCCGUUGCUGAGACUCAGGAUGAAAUGUUGCAGGUUCUGAAAGAAAAAAUGAGACUGGAAGGACAGCUGGAAGCCUUAUCAUUGGAGGCCAGUCAGGCCCUUAAAGAGAAGGCUGAGCUGCAGGCCCAGCUGGCCGCCCUCACCACCAGGCUGCAGGUGCAGGUGGAGCACAGCCGCAGCAGCCAGCAGCGCCAGGACUCCCUCAGCCUGGAGGUGGACACCUUGAAGCAGUCCUGCUGGGACCUGGAGCAGGCCAUGACUGACCUGCAGAACAUGCUGGAAGCCAAAAACGCCAGCCUGGCGUCCUCCAACAACGACCUGAAGGUAGCAGAGGAGCAGUACCAGCGGCUCAUGGCGAAAGUGGAAGACAUGCAAAGCAACAUCCUCAGCAGGGACAACACAGUGCACGACCUGCGGCAGCAGAUGACAGCCCUGCAGAGCCAGCUGCAGCAGGUGCAGCUGGAACGCACGACACUGACCAGCAAGCUGAAGGCUUCCCAUGCGGAAAUCUCGUCCCUGCAGAACGUCCGGCAGUGGUACCAGCAGCAGCUUGCCCUGGCACAGGAGGCCCGCGUCAGGCUGCAGGACGAGAUGGCCCACAUCCAGGUCGGACAGAUGACCCAGGCAGGCCUCCUGGAGCACCUGAAACUCGAGAACGUGUCCCUGUCCCUCCAGCUGACCGAGACCCAGCACAGGUCCAUCAAGGAGAAGGAGCGCAUCGCCGUCCAGCUCCAGAGCAUCGAGGCUGACAUGCUGGAUCAGGAGGCGGCCUUCAUGCAGAUCCAGGGGGCGAAGACGAUGGUGGAGGAGGACCUGCAGAGGCGGCUGGAGGAGUUCGAGGACGAGAGGCAGCGGCUGCAGAAGGUGGCAGCCUCGGCAGCAUCCCUGGAGCAGCAGCUAGAGCAGGCUAAGUUGACUUUGCACCAGCGAGACCAGCAGCUGGAGGCUUUGCAGCAGGAGCAGCUGGACCUGGUGAAGCAGCUCACGGCCACGCAGGAGACGCUGCAGGCCAGGGAGCAGUCCCUCGGCGGCCUGCAGACCCAGUACGACGAGCUGCAGGCCAGGCUGGGGGAGCUGCAGGGGGAGGCAGCCUCCAGGGAGGACUCGAUCCGCUUCCUGCAGAGCGAGAAGAUCGUCUUGGAGGUAGCCCUGCAGGCGGCCAAGAGUAGCAAGGAGGAGCUGGACAGAGAAGCAAAGCGCCUCGAGGAAGGCACUGAGGAAACGUCUGGAAUUUUAGAGCAACUGAGAGAAGAAUUGGCCAUGAAGACCUGCCAGGUGGAGCACCUGCAGCAGGAGACCGCCACUCUGAAGAAGCAGACACAGAAAGUGAAGGAGCAGUUUAUUCAACAAAAGGUGAUGGUGGAGGCCUACCGGCGGGAUGCCACCUCCAGAGACCGGCUGGUCAGCGAGCUGAAAGCCGCAAAGAAGGGGCUGGACGCCGAGGUGAAGGGGCUGAGGCAGGAGCUGGUGAGGCUGCACGGGGAGCAGAGGGCCGCGCAGUCGGAGCACGGCCGCCUGCAGAAGGAGGCGUCCGAGCUCCACCGGCAGAUGGCCGAUCUCGAAGGGCAUCUGCAGUCCGUGCGGAAGGAGCGGGACGAGAUGGAGACGCAGUUGCAGUCCUUGCAGUGUGACAAGGGGCAGGUGGUCACCCUUGCGGAGGCCAACGAGGCGCUCAAGAAACAAAUCCAAGAGCUGCAGCAAGAAGCCAGGAAGGCCAUCACGGAGCAGCAGCAGAAGGUGAAGCAGCUGGGCUCGGACCUGACCAGCGCCGAGAAGGAGAUGAAGACCAAGCACAAGGCCUACGAGAACGCCGUGAGCAUCCUCAGCCGCCGCCUGCGGGAGGCGCUCACGGCCAAGGAGGCCGCGGACGCGGAGCUGAGCCAGCUUAGAGCCCAGAGCAGCAGCGCCAGCGACAGCGACCUGGCUCUACAUGAGAGGAUCCGGGCCCUGGAGGUGGAGCUGCAGGCCGUCGGCCGCAGCAAGGAGCUGCUGGAGAGCGAGCUGCAGGAGGUCAUCGCGACCACCGGCCAGGAGCUGGAGGAGUCCCGGGAGAAGGUGCUGGAGCUGGAGGACGAGCUCCAGGAAUCCAGAGGCUUCAGGAAGAGGAUCAAGUGUUUAGAGGAGUCGAACAAGAAGUUGGCCCUCAAGCUGGAGCACGAGAAGGGGAAGCUUAUGGGCCUUGGACAGUCCAACUCGGCCCUACGGGAGCACAACAGUGUCUUGGAGCGAGCUCUGGCCAAGAGGGAGGCAGACCUGGUCCAGUUCAACCUCCAGGUCCAGGCGGUUUUGCAGCGCAAAGAGAAGGAGGAUCGCCAGAUGAAGCAGCUGGUGCAGGUGCUGCAGGCCUCGCUGGAGAAGGAGAAGGGGAAGGUCAGCAGCCUCACGGAGCAGGUGGCUGCUGCCAGGGCAGAAGCUGGUUCUAGCCGCCGCCACUUCACAGCAGCCGCUCUGGAGCUGAGUGAGGUGAAGAAGGAGCUGCAGGCCAAGGAGCAGCUGGUGCGGACGCUGCAGGCGGAGGCCGACAGCCUCCAGUUUCAGGAGGGGAAACGUUCCCAGGAAGUAGCUCAGUUCCAGGUGGAGCUGGCCGAGGCCCGGACGCAGCUGCAGCUCCUGCAGAAGCAGCUGGACGAGCAGCUGAGCAGACAGCCCAUGGGGAGCCAAGAGGUGGAAAAUCUCAGGUGGGAGCUGGAUCAGAAGGAGAGAGAGAUCCAGUCGUUGAAGCAGCAGCUGGACUUGACGGGGCAGCAGGGUCGGAAGGAGCUGGAAGGGACGCGGCAGAUGUUGCAGAAUAUCAAGUCUGAGUUGGAGAUUGUGCAGGAAAAUCUGUCCAGGACCCAGAAGGAUAAAUUUAUGCUUCAAGCCAAAGUGUCAGAGCUGAAGAACAACAUGAAGACGGUGCUGCAGCUAAACCAGCAGCUGAAGCUGGACCUCCGCCGCGGGGCAGCCAAGACGCGGAAGGAGCUGAGAGGCGAGGCCAGCCCUUCCGGCCCCGCCACGCCCAUCAAGAUCCCCGACUGCCCCGUCCCAGCCGCGCUGCUGGAGGAGCUGCUGCGGCCCCCGCCCGCCGUGAGCAAGGAGCCCCUCAGGAACCUCAACAGCUGUCUCCAGCAGCUCAGGCAGGAGAUGGACAGCCUGCAGCGCCAGAUGGAGGAGCACACCUUCACCGUGCCCGAGUCCCUGCCCUCCUGGGCCCAGGCGGAGGGCCACCUCUCGGACCCAGCCACCGUGGGCCCUGCCCUCCUGGGGGACCACACCAACCCCCAGGGCGACACGCAGAAACACGGGCAGAGCAGGGCUUCCAAAGAAGGACCGGGACAGUGACUGCUACAGCCUCACUGCCAGGUGUUUGUAACUGUGGAAAGGAAUACUCCUUUAUCAAUGUUAUUUGAUUGUUUAAGUUUUGCUUUUGCUUUAAUAAGGAGUAAAAUGACAGACCAAGAGCUAUGGAUUAGAGAAAUAGUCAUUUGAAUAUCACAGUUAGCUUUUCCCAUGAAGUGAGCAAAUCUUAGACACCUCGUUCAGAGCUCGGUGAGGAAGGUUCGAUUGUGUAUGAAGGGUCGUUUGCAGCAGGCGGCGUCUUGAGUGACGGCAGCCAGGUCCGGUGGAAAGCGCAGGGCGGGGCCUGUGGGGUACAGCUCACGUCCCGGCUCCGUCCAGUGGGGCUGUGCCUCCCUGCAGAAACGGAAUUUUAUUUGCACCUUUGGCUUUUUGGCAAUUUUUUCAAUAGCCAUCCACCGUAGGAUUUGUAUAUAAACACUGAAAAUCAUAAUCUAAUCUUUAGGAAGUACGACUGUCUUCAUUGAUUGCCUUUUGACAAUUUGCUGUCCUGAAAUAAUGUACAUGUAGGAUUUAGGGAUAUCAGUCAGAAAAUUUUAUUUUAAGAAAUACAAUUAUUUAUGUUCUGAAACCAAAUGCUCUUACAUAGAAAGGGUUCUUUGUUUAGUUUCACUUUAUUUCUGAGGGUCUUUCCUUCCGGCCUGGUCUCUUCCUGUCAGACACUGGGCAGGGGCCGGUCCCCCCCGGGCAGACCUGAUGUCCGCCAGGGGGCUCAGGACGCCAGGGCCGCCUCGAGUGGCCUGGUGCGUGGGGGGCGCAGGGACAGCCAGAGUCGGGGAGGAAGGUGAGAGGGGCCGGGGCUGCCGCAGGGGCUCUUGAGGUUUCCGUCGGAGCCUGAACCUUUGUAGACAAGGGGCAGUCACAAGCCUUUCUCAGGGCUCACGCUUCUCUGCCCCAAGGGAGGAAUCUUCCCCAGGGCCUGCAAGAAGCCUCUGUUGGUGUAGUCACCAAGAGAAAUCCCAGAUCCUCCGUGGUCACACUGGCGUCACUCGAGCACAGAGGCUGGCACCACGAGACAGGUGGCUGUGCCCUCCUGGGAUGCCUCAGACACAGGCGCUGAGUUUAAAGUCAGCCCUGAGUGCGUGACGUUCACGUUUCUCACCUGAAACGCCCUGGGAGGGCUGAGGCCUGUAAGUUUCCCGUAGUUUGCUAAGAAAACCUAAAAUAAUAUCUGUUGGCCUGGGUCAGAAGAGAGAGAGAGAGACUGGGUCCACCUGGCCCCUCCCUGGGUGUCGCUGGCCAGUGCAGGUGAGCUCGUGUCCCCGGUGGCUGGCUGUCCUGCGGAGAAGCAGUUUGUGUUCUCUCGUGAUAGACCGUUGGGAAGUCAGUCGAUGAGGCUGAGGUGGCGUCAACCACAAAGAUGUUUCGGGUCUAAAAAAUAUUCCCUAGCAAGUAUUUGAACUUUUAAAACACAUGUAUCAUUUGUACAGGGUUAAUUUUGAAAUAAUACUUGAAAACUUCACUAUAAAUAUAUCUUGCUUUUUAAGUUGGAGAUCUCUUCUGACUAAAUUGUUUUUGUACCAUUAGAAAAAAAAUGGUAACUUACGUUCUUA